ACUAAGAAAGAUAAGUGCUAGGGAACAAUAGUUUCAUAAAGUUAUUCUCUGACUAUUCUGACCGUUGGCAAGUUGGGUUGAUGGAUUUAUGCACAUAAAGCAAGCGCCAUGUCUGGGAACAACUUGAGUUUUCUUUUUGAUGCACGUUUGUUGUCGCGACAGCCGGCAACCGUCACCCUACAGUUACUGCCGGACAGCGCGUCCAAACGUCCGGCUGGCGUCUACCCCACGCCCAAACCCCUCCGGUGCAGGUCCGUGCCCAGCAGGAGCAAGUCAGAGGCCAGCCCCUGCAACAUAUCGGACGACUUUGUCAGAAUUAGCCACUGCCCAUUGGUCAGACGAGACCACGUGGGGACCAACUUACCCUGGCACCAGCACCUGCAGCAGUCAUAUGACCGGAACUUGGUCUUCUCAACCACGUGCCAUGGCGGACAUGUUGGGUUUUUCAAAAACCCAAAUUUCACCCGAUCAGAUGUCUUGUGCGAUAACCUGAGUCAACAGAUGAGCCAAGAGGCAACGUUCCAUGACAAUCUACAGAACGGCCUUUCAAAAAGCUACAGCAUGCCCGUCCUACCACGGGAAAAGAUGACAAAUUUUGUGGAGCUGUGGAUAGAACAUGGAUCUAAGCUGGAUAGAAACAACCAUUUACUCGCCGUUGAUUUCUAG